UUCUGUCUCAGUGGGGACAAGUAUUUGACACCAGUCUGGUGUUAUAAAUAGUAUUUCUUCCCUCUGUGUACACCUUCAUUCCUCUUCAGCACCUUCAGCCUCUCUCUCUCUCUCUCUGUAUCUUUCAAUUGAGAGCUAUUGCUUUCUUGCUCCGACAGCAAGUGACUACCACCCAAUUUACUGAACUAAAGUCUCUUCAUUGCCUCUUUCUAUUUGUCGUCGUCUUCAUCAUAGAAUAUGGGCUUUUACGCUCUUCCUCCCUCCUUCCUGUUCAGCAUCCCCACAUCUUCUUCUCUUUUGGGUUGUUAGUACUUCUUUUCUAGUACGAGUUCCGAGCCCAGGGUUAAAAAAAUAAAGUGGAAAAAAAAAAGGGAAAAGACGCUAAUUUGAAGUGGUUUUUGGUUGUUUGGUUGGGUCAUGGCAUUGUGUUGUGAUCUUGAAGUGGAUGUCAAUGGAGAAGAGACUUUCAUGGUGGACAAGAAGCUUAUUUCUUCUUAUUCAGGGAGAUUAAGCAAAUUAUUUGGUGAAUCAACUGCUUCUGCAAGAAAUUUCAAAGUAAUAUUCAAUGACUUCCCUGGAGGGGCUGAAAGUUUUGAGCUUAUGUCCAGAUUCUGCUACAAUAAUGGAAGAAUUGAUAUAACUCCUUACAAUAUUUCACUCCAUUGUGCUGCACAAUUCAUGGAGAUGAACAAUUCUGUUUCUGGUACUCAAAACAUAUUACAAAAAACUGAGAAAUCACUUCAAGAAAUCAAUGAUUGGACAUGGUCUGAGCUAUUGAUCACUAUAAAGCAGUGCCAAGAUUUAUUUCCCUCAACAAAUUCAUUAGCUAUUGCUGAGAAAUGUAUGAAGUCCAUUGUUGGAAGGGUAGCUUUGUCUAGUGAAUCAAGUCCAUGUCCAUCUACUUCACCAGAUAACUCCAGCAUUAGGUUUUCAUGUGACACUAGAAGUACCCAGAGUUUGAAGAGUAGUGUUUCUCAACCAACAUGGUGGUUUGAGGAUCUUUUGUUUUUGAGUUCUGAUUUGAUUGAAAUUGUUAUAAAAUCCAUGGUUUCUCAGAAAUUUGAUCAUGCCAUAAUUAUUAGGUUUCUCCUUUAUUAUCAGAAAUCAAAGUUCUACGCAGCCACAUCUGAUGAAAAGCGAAAAGUUGUUAAAACCGUCAUCGACAUGCUUUAUAUUCUUGAUUGGAGUUAUGUUUUGUGCAAGAGUCUUUUUGGGAUUCUUCGAGUUGCUUUGAAUUUGAAUAUAAGCAAAUGUAGCAGGAAGAAGUUGGAGAGUAUGAUGGGUUCCAAAAUGGAUCAAGCAACUCUGGAUAAUUUGCUCAUUCCAUCUCAUGAUGUGAUGUCUUGCUCAUAUGAUAUCAAUCUUGUUCUAAGGCUCUUGAAAUCAUUUUUACACGAUGGAAACUCGCUAGUAACUUCCUUGCGCUUGAAGAAAGUAGCCAGGUUGAUGGAUUUAUAUAUAGCAGAAGUAGCUCCAGAUCCUUGUUUAAAACCUUCCAAGUUCUUAGCCUUAGCUGUCGCCUUACCGGACUCUGCUAGAGAUUCUUAUGAUGAAAUCUACCAUGCCACAGACAUUUAUCUACAGGUGCAUGAUGGGUUAUCUGAAGAAGAAAAGAUGAAGAUAUACUGUGUAUUGAACUGUGAGAAGCUCUCACCUGAAGCUAGCAUGCAUCUUUCUCAGAACAAGAAAUUUCCAUCAAAAAGUGCAGUUCAAGCUCUCAAAUCUCAGCAACUCAAGCUCAAAAGCUUAUUCCAAGGAACUAACAAUUCAAAACGCUUUGGUGGUUCCCCAAGUAGAUUGGGAGAAAUGGGAAGCAAGGGAAAGACAAACGAAGCCAGUGAACAAGUUGUGCUUCAUACUGGGAAACUUGAGCUUUCAACUGACAGUGACAAGCUAAAGGCUCAUUUGCAAGGAAUGCAAUGUAGGGUGAUCCGAUUGGAGGAAGCUUGCAGAAAAAUGCAAUCCCAGAUGGCAAAAAUUAUGAAGUCAAGAGUAUCUAGCUACAAUAAUCCCAGAUCCUUACCCAAGCUUUGUUCAUGAUAAGAUUUUUUUUGCUUUAUAUUAAUAUAAUGUUUAUUAUCUGAU